UUACCUGAAGGAGUUCCGCACGGAGCAGUGCCCUCUUUUUGUGCAGCACAAGUGCACUCAGCACCGGCCCUACACCUGCUUCCACUGGCACUUUGUCAACCAGCGCCGUCGCAGAUCUAUCCGCCGCCGGGAUGGCACCUUCAACUACAGCCCCGACAUUUACUGUACCAAGUAUGACGAGACCACAGGAAUCUGCCCAGAAGGAGAUGAAUGUCCCUUCUUGCAUAGAACUACUGGAGACACAGAGAGGAGGUAUCACUUGCGCUACUACAAAACUGGAAUCUGCAUUCAUGAGACAGACUCCAAGGGAAACUGCACGAAGAACGGAGUCCACUGCGCGUUCGCUCACGGGCCCCACGACCUGCGCUCGCCGGUCUAUGACAUCAGGGAGCUUCAGGCAAUGGAGGCUUUGCAGAAUGGUCAGCCUACAUCAGAAGGUGGCAUAGAGGGUCAGUCUGCAGUCGCUGCUAGCCAUGCUAUGAUAGAGAAAAUACUCAGUGAGGAGCCAAGGUGGCAAGAUACAACGUACGUGUUGGGAAAUUACAAGACAGAGCAGUGUAAGAAACCUCCCCGUCUCUGUCGCCAGGGUUAUGCCUGUCCCUACUACCACAAUAGCAAAGACAGAAGAAGAAGCCCAAGAAAACACAAAUAUAGAUCUUCACCAUGUCCCAGUGUGAAACAUGGAGACGAGUGGGGAGAUCCCAGUAAGUGUGAAAAUGGAGACUCAUGCCAGUACUGCCACACUCGCACAGAACAGCAGUUCCAUCCAGAGAUCUACAAAUCCACCAAAUGCAAUGAUAUGCAGCAGUCUGGCAGCUGUCCCCGAGGACCCUUCUGUGCCUUUGCACAUGUAGAACAGCCUGCACUCAAUGAAGAUUUACAGCAAUCCUCAGCUGUGUCCAGCCCGACACAGACAGGCCCUGUGAUGUAUAUGCCGUCAGCAGCUGGUGAUUCUGUUCCAGUCAGCCCUUCCAGUCCACAUGCCCCAGACCUUAGCAAUGUGUGGAAUAAAUCAGGAACUCUGCCAACUAGCCCCACCUCCACCACAAUUCUUUGUAGGAACAGCAGUCUCGGAAGCCCAUCUAAUAUAUGUGGGUCUCCUCCUGGAGCCAUUGGAAAGCCACACAGCUUGGAGACCAUUGGUUUUCCUCCAGACUCAGUAACAGCAGCUGGCAGCUACAAGAAAGCACCGGGGUUUGAGCGUGAAGAUCAGGUGGGGGCCGAGUAUUUGAAGAGUUUCAAAUGCCAGCAAGCAAAAAUGAAGUCACACUCCUUGGAACACAGGAGCCAGGAGCAACCUUUGUUACAGCCCAAACAGGACAUACUGGGUAUUCUCCCAGUGGGGAGCCCGCUGACAUCCAGCAUCUCCUCUAGUAUCACCUCCAGUCUGGCUGCAACCCCACCAAGCCCUGCCGGCACCAGCAGCAUACCAGGCAUGAAUGCCAAUGCCCUUCCUUUCUACCCAACCAGUGACACCGUUGAGUCUGUCAUAGAGUCUGCCUUGGAUGACCUGGACCUGAAUGAAUUCGGAGUGGCUGCCCUGGAGAAGACAUUUGACAGCAGCACAGUGCCCCACACGAGUGGCAUCAUGAUAGGUGGGAGUUUGCUGCAAAGUUCUGCUCCUGUAAAUAUCCCCGGCUCCCUUGGAAGCUCUGCCUCCUUUCACUCUGCCUCUCCUUCUCCACCGGUCAGCCUCUCAUCGCAUUUCCUCCAUCAGCCCCAGGGACACUUAAGCCAAUCAGAAAACACGUUCCUGGGGACAUCAGCUUCUCAUGGAUCAUUAGGUUUAAAUGGGAUGAACAGCAGCAUAUGGGAACACUUUGCUUCGGGGAGUUUUUCGCCCAGUACCUCACCUGCAUUUCUGUCAGGUCCAGGUGCUGCGGAGCUGGCACGGCUACGACAAGAACUGGAUGAAGCCAACGGCACAAUAAAGCAGUGGGAAGAGUCUUGGAAACAAGCCAAACAGGCUUGUGAUGCUUGGAAAAAGGAGGCAGAGGAAGCAAAUGAUCGCGCCAACACAGCUAACAUGGAAUGUGAACUGGCUCGGGAGCAGAGGGAGGCCUUGGAGCUGCAAGUGAAGAAGCUGCAGGAGGAGCUGGAGAGGAUCCACACAGGCCAGGACCCUCAGUUUCUGCGCUCCUUCUCUGACCUGGAAACACUCUCACUCUCGUCGCUGUACACCCUUCAGAAGCAGCUGCGGGCGAACCUGGAGAAAGUGGAUAAGGCGGUGUUUCAGAUGCAGUCAGUGAAAUGCCUUAAGUGUCAGGAGGAGAACCGGGUGGUGUUACCGUGCCAACACGCCGUGCUGUGCGAGGCCUGCGCCGAGGAGGGCGAGUGUCCCAUCUGCCACCCCAACAGGCCCCACUCUAUCCAGUCGUGACCUUCCGAGGACACUUCUUCUAAUCAUAUCGUAUAGAACUUUUUAACUUUAUACAUACGUACAUAUAUAUGUAUGUGUACAUAUAUAUAUGUAUGUGUAUAUAUAUAUGUAUAUACGUGUGUGUAUCUGCGUGUUUGUGGAUGUGGACAUAUGCACACACAGGCACAUACACACAUAAAACAAAAAUUAGUUGCAGAGCACUUUUUAAUAUUUUACAUCCCGUAUCUAAACUGCCCCUCACCCAUGCCCCACUAAUUCUAACUCUUG